AUGGAAUUGAUAAUAAAAAAACCAUACAUUGAAAUAUUUGAAAAGAUAUUAAAAUUGUUUACGCAUAUUUGUGAGAACGUUAAUUUUAAGCUAACAAGAAAUAAGCUAGAAUUAAGUGGCUCAAAUAAUUUAACAAAUGAACUGGUGAUACAUAUUGAUAAGAAAUUUUUUAUAUUAAAUGAUAUAAAUGGAGAUAAAAAGAAUAUAAUCAAUGGAACUGUAAAAUCAAAAGAUUUCUAUAAUUGUAUAUUUAAUCAUAAGAUAGUUAAACAUCUGAGGAGUAAUCAUUCACAAUAUGGAUCCUAUAAUAGUCAGAAGAAAAAUGAUUCACGCUUUGUAAUGACAGAUGAUAUAGAUGAAGAAGCAAAAAUAAAUAAUAAUUAUAAUGAUGAGAAUAAAUUAAUCGUUUGUGAUGGUAUGUAUGCAGAUGAUAACAAUAAGUCUUAUCUUAGAAAAGACAAAAAGUGGAAUCUACAUUUGUCGAAGAUAACUCUGAAAUUUAAUAAUAUAAACAAUAUGAACAAUAUGAACAAUAUGAACAAUAUGAACAAUAUGAACAAUAUAAAUAAUAUGAACAAUAUAAAUUAUAUAAAUAAUGAUGAUGAUAAUAAUAUUAAUGGGGGUGGUCAAAGUGAUGAACGUGAUGUUAAUUAUAAUAACAAAUUAGAAAUAAUUAUAAAAUUUAAAAAGUGUAAUAGCUAUUUUAGUGCAAUAUUAAAAUUGAAAACGUUCAACACACCUAUGAAAAAUUAUAUUUAUAAAAAUGAAUCUAUUAUACAGAUAGAUCCAACUCUUUUUUUACUUAAUUUAAAAGAUUUGUCUAAUGAAAGGAAUAUAUUUUUAAAGAAUACAGAUAAUUCAUUUAUUAUCAGUUCUUUAGAAACUUGUGAUUUCAGUUUAAAUAAAGAAAGAAUAAAAAGAGAACAAUUUUUUUAUAAUAAUAAAAAUAUAUGUAUCCCAUCUAGUAAAACUAAAUAUUUUUUUAAAAAUAAAAAAUUCCAGGAUCACAAUAUGUCUCUUCCUUUAAAUGAACUAAAGACCAUAAUAAACUUUUGUUCAGAAUUAAAUUUAUUAUGUUUGUUUUCUACAAAAAAUUUUAAAGAAAAUCUUAUAAUAUAUUUUGGUAAUAUAAUAUCUUAUAUAUUAGAGAAGAACAAGAAUAAAAUAAUGAAAAAUAAUAAAAAAAAUAAUAAAAAUAAUAAUAAUAAAAAAAAUAAUAAUAAUAAUAAAAAUAAUAAAAAUAAUAAUAAUAAUAAAAAUAAUAAAAAUAAUAAAAAAAUAAAAAACAAUUCUCAACACAUUUAUGAUAAUUACAUGAUGAAUACAGAUCAUAUGGAAUAUGUGCAAUCAGUAAAACGAGAUUAUAAAUAUGAUUACAAUUUUGAUUCAUGUAUGAAAUCGCAUGUAAAUAAAAAUAAUAUUUAUGAUGAUGAUGAUGAAGAUAAUUAUAUGGAUUCAAAUUUUAAUAUAUCAUCAAAAAUGGAAUUCACUAAUAAUGAAAACAAAUCGAUAGUUUUUUAUUUAUCUGAUUAUACAUCAAGUGAUGAAUAUAAUUCUAGUAUGGAUGAAUUAGAUGAUCAAAUAUAUUUACCACUAUAUGAUAAUGAAUAUAUAAAGGAUGAUACAAAUUUUAAUUAUAAUAAUAUAAUAACAGGAUGUGUUCAUUUUACAUCAUAUUUUAAUAUAUCAUGUGAUUUUAAUGAAAAUGAAAAGAAAUAUGAACACGAAGAUAUUUUGCACCAACCUAUGAACGAUACGUUUAUCAUAAAUAAUAAUAAUAAUAAUAAUAAUAAUAUUUAUUAUUAUAACAACCAUUCUUGUGAUGAUAGGAAAAAAAUUAAAAAGUUACAACAUGACGAACAAAAUGUAUCAUCUAUAGAAAAAGAAGAAGAACAUAUAAUAAACUGUUAUAAUAAAAAAAGUUAUGAUUUUAAUUAUGAAAGUAAUCAUUUAAGACAUAUACAACAUUUAAGAGAAGAAGAAGACGAAGAAAAAAAAAAAAAUUCCUGUAUAUAUGAAGAUAUUAAUAAGGAUAACUGUUAUGAUCUUAUGCAAAAUAUUAAAAGUAAAGAUAAUGCAUAUGACAAAAAGGAGGACAUCUUUAGUGAUACUUAUGAUGGUAUGUUUAAUAAUUUGAAAAAACACAAAAGUUAUGAGGACAAUAAGAAAAAAGAAAAUGAUGAUGUUCUUACAAAUGAAAAGAAUAAGAAUUUUGGAUGUGAUCAAAAUGGUGAGUGCCCACAUGGAACAAACAAUAAUGUUGAUACAUUUUUGAAUAAUAACCUGAACCAAGAAGAAGAAGAAGAACAACAAGAACAAGAAGAAGAAGAAGAAGAAGAAGAAGAAGAAAAAGAAAAAGAAGAAGAAGAAGAAGAAGAAAAAGAAAUUAUUUAUAAUUCCAAUAUUUUUGAAGAAUUCAAUUAUGAUAAUUAUAUGAGACAAAAUGAAGAGAGACACGAUGUGUAUAAAAAUAUGGAGGAAAAAAUAAAAGAACUUGAUAUAACGUUUGAAAAUUUAAAAAAAAUAAAUAAAAAGAAGAAACAAAUACAUGAUUAUAAAAAUGAUGGUAUACAAAAACCUUUUUUGGUUUUUUCCUUGCCAAAAAGUAGGAAAAUCAAAAAAAGAAGGAAAUCCAUUGAGCACAUUUAUGAAGUGAAUAAAAGAAAUGAAAUAAAUAAAAGGAAUAAAAGAUCAUCCAAGGAUUUGUUAUAUAAUGAUGAGGAAAAUAAAAGCUAUGAUAACAAUUCGAUAUUGUGUAGAAGUGAGGAAAAUGAAAUUAUAAGUGACAAUUAUUACUCUUUAAAUGAUGAUAGUCAAGAUAAUUAUUAUGAUGAUGAUAAAUAUGGUAAUGAAUUUAUAGAUGAUGCUUACUACCAUGUCUAUCAUAACAAACAUCGUGGGGGGGAGAAUAUGGAAUAUAUGAACUACUUCAAUAAUAUAUACAACAAAUACAACAUGAAUAAUAAGACCCAUAAUGAAAAUACAAAUCACCUAAAAAAUAAAAAAUAUAAAAAUGAAUUAAAUUAUAGAAAUAGUAAUAUGAAUGAAAAAGAUAAUAAUAUGAAAUAUAUGCAAAGUGGAAAUGAAGAAAAUGAUCAAAAAGUUUAUAAUAAUUACAAACAUUUCAAUGUGUCUAGGUUGUCACAUAAUAUAUAUGAUAAAACACCUCAAACAAAUCAAUACUCAGGGAAUAAACAUGCACGAUUAAUAAUGAAAAAUUAUUCAUCUCAUAUUUUAGCGGAUGAAAUAAAACGUCCUAGUGUAAAUUAUGAUAAUGACAUAUUUAAUUAUAAAAAAUAUAAGUUAUAA